CUCGGGUCUUGUUCAAUUUUCUUUCUUUUUCCUUUUUGUUAGCUCCUCUCAUACCCUCCUCUCAUACCCUCCUCUCCCCGACCAAGCCGAUUGCUUUUCUUCCUCCCCUUCUCUUCUUCCACCUCUCCUUCCUGGGGAUUAUUGGCAUUUCUGUAGUUUGCCGUCAGUUUUGAUUUGAAACUGUAUCACGUCUUUGGUGCUUCAUAUCUUGAUCGUUAAUAUGAGCCGUUUGGCGGCUUUGCUCGCGGCGGCGUCGCUAUUGGCGCCCACCGGAGCCUCUGCAGUUCCUCACGAUAUUGAAUAUCGUGAUUUCAAUGAGCUUCCUCGGUCUCUCGGAAGCCGGGCCACCGAUCAAUCUCCCAAGGGCUAUGCGCCCUCUACUGUUGAUUGUCCUAGCGAGCGUCCUGUGAUUCGUCUUGGCUCUCAUCUGAGCCCCCAGGAGAAGGAAUGGCUGCCCCGGAGACGUAAUGAGACCAUUGCGCCUAUUCGCGCCCUUCUGGACCGCAUCUCCAUCCCUGGCUUCAGCAGUGAUAGAUAUCUUGCCAACGUCGAGAAGGAUCCCACGGCUCUGCCCAACAUUGGUUUGGCUGUCUCUGGCGGCGGCUACCGUGCCUUGCAAAACGGAGCUGGAGCCAUUGCCGCCUGGGACGCUCGAUCGACGGAUGCCAACUCGACCGGUAAACUGGGCGGUCUGCUGCAGAGUGCAACCUACAUCUCUGGCCUGUCUGGCGGCGGAUGGCUGGUUGGCAGCAUCUACACAAACAACUUUUCCACGGUCCAAGGCAUAAUAGACGCAGGUGCCUGGCAGUUUGACGAGUCAAUUCUUGCGGGUCCCAAGUCAGUUAGCCUGACAAGCUAUUAUAAUGAAGUCUUUGACGACGUCGAUGCCAAGGACAAGGCUGGCUUCGAUCGUUCCAUCACCGACUACUGGGGUCGCUUCCUCUCUUACCAGCUCGUCGACGUCACCAGCGGUGGCCCUGGCUACACCUUCUCCUCCAUUGCCGACGACCCUGACUUCAAAAACGCGAGAGCGCCUCUCCCUUUCCUAGUCGCAGAUAGUCGCCCGCCUGGAGAGACCAUCAUCUCCAACAACUCGACCAUCUUUGACUUUAACCCCUGGGAGAUGGGCUCAUCCGACCCGACUCUGAAUGGCUACAUCCCGCUCAAGUACGCCGGUUCCAAGUUCAACAACGGCGUGCUGCCCAAGAACGAAUCUUGCUUUGUGGGAUUCGACAAUGUCGGCUUCAUCAUGGGCACCUCUAGCACUCUCUUCAACCAAAUCAUCCUCUACCUCCAAAACGACAAUGGCACAAACUCCAUUGUUCCCAAAGGCAUCCCCGAUUUCGUCGUCAAGAUUCUCACUGGUGUUUUAACCGGGCUCGGUAACGACAACAACGACAUUGCCGACUGGACGCCGAACCCCUUCAAGGGAUGGAACAACAAGACCAACCCCUUUGCCGACAACAACCGAUUGACUCUUGUGGAUGGCGGUGAGGAUCUGCAGAACAUUCCCUACCACCCUCAUCUGCUGCAGGAGCGCAAGGUAGACGUUGUCUUUUCUGUCGACUCGUCGGCCGAUACCAACGGCUGGCCCGAUGGUGCCUCUCCCAUUGCCACGUACGAGCGUGCAGUCAGCAAAAUCUCAAACGGCACUGGAUUCCCCUAUGUCCCCGGGAGAGAGACUUUCCUCAACCUCGGACUCAACACCAAGCCCGUCUUUUUCGGCUGCAACUCGACCAACGUGACGGACACAUCGCCCCUGAUUGUCUAUCUGCCCAACUACCCCUACCAGUUCCAGUCCAACCUUUCGACUUUCCAGAUGUCGUACGCAGACGAUGAGCGCAAUGCCGUCAUUACCAACGGCUGGGACGUUGUCACUCAGGGCAAUGCGACUCGCGACUCCAACUGGCCAGUGUGCGUCGGCUGCGCCAUGCUGUCCCGCAGCUUCGAGCGCACCAAGACUCCCGUGCCCGAUGCCUGCAACAAGUGCUUCCAGCAGUACUGCUGGAACGGCACGAUCCAAACAGGAACACCGGCAGACUACCAACCAAGGAUCUUGGACACGCCCAUCAAGAUUGACAGCAACAUGGGCGCGAGAUCUGCCAGCGGCGCGACGGUGAUGACGGUGUUGGCGGCAGUUACGUGUGCUGUGUUGCUCAUGUAAGGCAUUUGACCUUUAUGAAUUUGGAGUUUUCUUUUUUUGGCAUUCAUUGGAUGGAUUAGAAAAGAGAUGCAUAAUGAUACUAUCCAUCAAGGCGAUGGCGCAUAUAGUCGUGUAUUUUGUCUAUUUCUUUUUGGUUUUGACGUUUUAGCCUAUACUUUUGGUUCGCAGGCUGGGCUUGGUUUGGUUGGGUUAUGCAAGUAACAUGCUGAUUUCAUUAAUUUGAAUGACUAUUCUUUUACACACUUUGUUUGCUCAUUUACAUGUUGUUUGUGUGUGCUCGAAACCGGCUUCUGAUGUAAUACUUUACAACAACCAUGACAUUCAAAGAAUAUAACAACACACAAUCUCAACAUCUUUGCAACUUGCUCAACUUUUGAAUUCAAAAACUCCUAUUUUUACUUUCCAUGCAAACGGCUGGUAUAUUUAUCCACAAAAUGUUCAAAUCGUAACCUCAUCCACACAUGUACAUUCACAUGCUCUCCCCUCGUCCCCUGAUUUUUCAACUCGCCGCCUAUGCCAGAACAGCAUCCUUGCCAGUCUUUGCGCUCUCCAAGACACCCUCAAUGAUCCUCAGCACAUCGCGGGCCUGCUCCGCCUUGACGGGAACGUCCUCGGCCUUUCCGCUGACCAGGGCAUUGGCAAACUGGCUGUAAAAGGCGCGGUACGUCUCGGGCUCGAGCUGCGGGACGGGCACCUCGCUGGCCUUGCCGGUGGCCUCGUCGACGGCCGUCAGGCUGCU